AGCUCGAGAACUACUGGGUGGAGUGGCGGCGGUCCGAUGCGGACGGGCGGAGUGGCGGCAUGGUUGUCGGGCAGCAGCAAGAUGUCGAUGGCGGCCAUCAGUGGGGUGGCGGCGGAUCUUAUAGCGCUCUUAUAGCGCAGCCGACGGGCGUGCAUCGGGGGCGGCGGCAGGGACUCGUCUCGUCUUUGCUCGAGGGGGAACGACGACAGGGAGGGAGUGCAACGGCGGAGGGGGGGGGGGGGGACGAUGUCAGGGAGAGAGAGCAGCAGCGGUCGGAUUUGUCCUCCCAUUGAUUUUCUGGAUGGAAGAGGGAAGCAGGAAGGUGAGCAGUUGAGGGAGAAGAGAGGAAAGUGAGGUGCAGGUAUAUUUAUUCUUCGGUGGGCACUAUCUGCAUGAAUUUGGCAUCAUCUGCACCGCAGGAAAAUUAGGAUUUAGCACCAACGUCAAAGACUAAUUUGGCUUUUGGCAUGUCAUGAAAGCCCUUAGAUUCAAUUAUUUUGAAAAAAUAAAUCGCCGCACUUAUUUUGGGGACGGAAGAGGAGGACGGAAUCGAACAAGGUCUACAGGCCAUCACGAACAAACUCCGGGCUCCAAAACCCUUAAAGCAAUUCCAAUGGAAUUUCUCAAAUUUCGCCUCCAAAUGUCUUUUUUUGUUCAUUUGUGGGAACAAGGGGACAUGUGUCCAUCUCAUGUUCGUCCUCAUCAUCCAACCACAUCCCUAAAUUCCUCACCCAAAUUAGUUUUUUCUUCUCUUUAUCCUUUCUCUUCUCUUUUUUACUUUUUUUUUUCCAAUCUCUUGUUGUGGGACCGGGGCGGACAAAAGAAAGUACCAAACAAUGUCCGGACACUCCAAAUCUUUCCCAAAUUUGGGGCAAGUUUGGGGAUGUGUCCGGACAAACAUGACAGUUUGUCCGUUUAAAAAACUUCAUUGAAAGAUGAUUUUGAGAACAAAAUGUCUGGCUAAAUAGAACAUUUGGGAUAGGGGGAGGCCAUUGGAUAUGUUCUUAAUCGACCAUAAAAAAGUGCCAUUUGUUCGUGAUGGCCUGUAGAACUUGUUCGAUUCCUUCCUCCUCUUACGUCCCAAAAUAAGUUCCUUGUUGUUUGUUUGUGUGCUCUCCUGGAAAGAAUCGAUUUUUGUUCUUUGUUAUUCCUUCCAUCUCUCUAGUUCAUAAGUACUCCCUCCGUCCCAUAUCAAGUGUCACAACUUUGUCUAGACAUGUAAGUGUCACAACUUUGUGUAGACAUGUAUCUAGAUGCGUUUUAGUGUAUAUGUACAUAUGUAUCUAGACAAAGUUGAGACGCUUAAUAUGGGACGGAGGUAGUACGUCUUGCUCAGUUGUUUGUACUGGAAUUCCUUCCUUCUUCCUCUAACUAUCAUAGUACUUUUUCUGAGAUUGUUGAGAAGUAUGAUGCUGUGGUGUAGACACGUUUUAAUUUUUCUGUUUUUUCAAGACUUGGUUAUUCAGCAUGAGUUUUUAGAGUUUUGGCACUGUAAUGAUAAGCUAUUUUAAGAUAAUCUCCAUAUUGUUGGCAAUGCUGCUUUCUUUGUCAUCAGUAGUCUAAAUAUUGCAAUUUGCCAGGUUUUCAUUUCAAGGGUAAUCUGACUUAUGCUAUUGAGCAUACAUUUCUCAUUGUGGAUAAUCAAUUAGUCAUGGCCAUCCUGUAUUAAAAAAUUUCUUCUGAUUGCUGUGACUUUGUACUAUACAGUAGCAGUGCAGCGGCAAACUCGGUGACUCAGCAGUAACAGCAACAGCAUCCACUCCUCCGACAGUGGCCUUCUCGACGGUAAUCGGCACAUUGGCACAUACGUCUCAAGAAAAUUAAGGACAUUCUAUUUUUUUUUUUAGGGGACAUUCUACUUGUAGAAGUAACGAUCUCUGUUCUAUAGCUAUCAGUACUGCACGAUCAGCAUAAGACAAGAGUUAGCUAUUUUUUCUGGUCAUAUACUCUUGCACAUAUAUAUUAUUUGAUGCACAUGAUCUUGUUUUACUAUGUUUUUUCCCUCUCCCAAAUGACAUAGUGCUUCUAAAAUUGUCUAAUUGAUCAUGCUUGAUGCAACAAUCCACUUGUUUUUUCAAUUAGUUUAUCCACUAUGUCUUUUUUACGGAUGUCUGCUUGCCAUCUUGAUCAGGAAAAGCAUAGUCCAUUAUAAAGGGAAGUCUAAGGAGAACCGGCAGCUGGCAGAUAGGCAUAGCCGAGCUGAGAAGUGAAGUGAGCUACGGCGGGAAGAAACGAGGAGGGCGAGCGAUGGGGCGGAGGAUCCUGAACGACGCUCUGCGAACUACGGUGAAUGUGGAGCGGCGGGGGAAGGCGACGGCGCUUCUCCAGCCCAUCUCCGGUGUCAUGAUCUCCUUCCUCAACAUCAUGAAGCACCGAGUACUUUUCAGGAUAUAUAAAAAAUUCGAGGUCUUCGAUCCACAUAGAGUUGGAAAAAUUACUGUGGAACUUCAGGGAAGGAUUAAAGAUUGUAAAGCUCUUACUUAUAGGCAGGACCUCAGAUCUAAGGAAAUCGAGCAAAACAGAAUUCAGAUGCUUCCGACACGGCAGUGGGGCUAUGUUGUGGUGACCACUCCAAAUGUUGUUUUAGGUCAUGAGAAAGCGAUUAGGCAGAAUGUGGGUGGCCAGGUCCUUGGUUAUUUCCAUUGAGAAGGAAACACUGUUACCUGAUCCUGAAUCGGCCAGCGGGAUGGCUUCUUUUUUGUUUUUGUUAUGACUGAAGUCAACUUUUAGAUCUUGUUUGCUUUUGUUCAUGGCCAACUUGAAAUGCAAUAACAUGUCAAAAAUAUUCCUCACAACACUAAGAAAAUGCCGGUUGCUAAACAUAAAACAUUGCAAUCCUUCUUUCUGCUGGUUUAAUUUAUUUUAUAAACCCA